UUUUUUUUUUUUUUAUUUAUUUAAAAGAAUUAUAAUUUUUUAGUAGCGGAGGCGGAGAGAAAGUGAAGAAAUCUGGGUUUGUUUCGAAACCCAUUUUGGAUCUCUGUCGGUUUCUCUGUAAUCCGCCGCCAUGGCCGACGCUACACAGAUUCUGUUACCGGAGUCGUUUCAGGGCGGAAGAGGCAAUUUCAGCGACCAAAUUUGGCUGAUUUGGGAGCUCAUUAAAGCGCCAUUGAUAGUUCCUUUGCUCAGAUUAAUGGUUUAUAUUUCAUUGGCAAUGUCUCUGAUGCUCUUCUUUGAAAGAGUUUAUAUGGGAAUUGUUAUUGUUUUGGUUAAGCUUUUCUGGAAGAAGCCUGAAAAACGCUACAAAUAUGAACUGCUUCAAGAUGAUUUGGAAUCUGGAAGCUCUAAUUUCCCUCAUGUUCUUAUUCAAAUCCCAAUGUUUAACGAACGAGAGGUUUACAAAAUCUCCAUUGGAGCUGCUUGUGGUCUUUCAUGGCCAGCCGACCGCCUCGUCAUUCAAGUUCUUGACGAUUCAACCGACCCAGUAAUUAAGCAAAUGGUGGAGCAAGAAUGCCUGAGAUGGGCGAGUAAAGGGAUUAACAUAACGUAUCAAAUCAGGGAAACCAGAGGAGGGUACAAAGCUGGAGCUCUGAAAGAAGGGCUUAAACGGAGGUAUGUUAGCCAUUGUGAGUAUGUCGCCAUUUUCGACGCCGAUUUCCGGCCGGAGCCGGACUAUCUCCGGCGAGCCAUUCCGUUCUUAGUUCAUAAUCCCGAUAUCGCCCUCGUUCAAGCUCGAUGGAGAUUCGUGAAUGCAAAUGAGUGCCUGCUGACAAGAAUGCAAGAGAUGUCAUUGGAUUACCAUUUCACAGUGGAGCAAGAAGUUGGGUCUGCUACCCAUGCCUUCUUUGGCUUCAAUGGAACUGCUGGAGUGUGGAGAAUUGCUGCAAUCAAUGAGGCAGGUGGGUGGAAGGACAGGACCACCGUGGAAGACAUGGACCUUGCCGUCCGAGCUAGUCUUAGAGGGUGGAAAUUUGUCUACUUAGGUGACCUGCAGGUAAAAAGUGAGCUUCCUAGUACUUUCAAGGCCUUCCGUUUCCAGCAGCAUCGAUGGUCUUGUGGCCCUGCCAAUCUUUUCCGCAAAAUGGUCAUGGAAAUUGUCAGAAACAAGAAAGUGAAAUUCUGGAAGAAAGUUUAUGUGAUCUACAGUUUCUUCUUUGUCCGGAAGAUCAUUGCCCAUAUGGUUACUUUCUUCUUCUACUGUGUUGUUCUUCCCCUCACCAUUUUGGUUCCUGAAGUGUAUGUACCAAUUUGGGGAGCUGUUUACAUUCCUUCCGUCAUCACCAUUUUGAACUCGGUCGGAACCCCAAGGUCGAUUCACCUUCUGUUCUACUGGAUCCUUUUCGAGAACGUGAUGUCGUUGCACCGCACGAAAGCAGCUCUAAUCGGUUUAUUCGAAGCGGGUCGAGUGAACGAAUGGGUUGUGACUGAAAAGCUAGGAGAUGCUCUGAAGAACAAGGCAGCUGCUGAUGCUGCAAAGAACAAAGCAAACGCCAAAGUUCCCAAAAUUAGACUAAGAUGCAAGUUUGGUGACAGAAUCAACACAUUGGAGCUGGGAUUUGCAGCGUUCUUGUUCUUUUGUGGGUGCUNAUACUCUUGA